AACAGUCAUAUCGCCCAAAUUAGGCCAAACCGUUGAAGCCCGUAGAUUCUCUCUCAAUCUUCUUUGUUGUCCCUCUCUCUCUCUAACCUCUCUGCUGUCCCUCCCUCUUUCUAUUCUCCAUACCUGAGAAAACCUUUUGACUACUCAAUCUUUGAUUUCUCAACAACCCAAUUGACCCAUUUCAAAAUGUGUAAACCCUAGUUCUCUUUGGCCAAUUAUCGAACAAUUGGUGGUCUACUAUUGGAAGGAGAAGAAAUCAACAAUUUGGGACAAAAACAAAUCCCGUUUGUCCCAUUGCGUUGAUUCUUCACCACAACGAGCAUCUUCAUUCUCAAAACAUACCUAAUUUCAUAACCCUACCUCUUUUAUUUCAAGGGUUUGAACAACCAUUGUUUUUGAAUUGGGAAAAGAUAUCAACAAAUUGGUACCAAAUUGGUACCGUUGUUAUUAUAUGGAGUCACCAUUAUUGACCUUAAUCGUUUUGAGUUUCGGAGUCAUCUAUGGGUUUUUAACUCUGCCGGUAAAUGGGGAUGAUGUAGAUCAAUCACCACCUCCACCUCCACCAUCUCCAUUGCCGCCUCCGCCACCCCCUCCACCUCCACCAUCUCCAUCGCCACCUCCACCGCCUCCUCCAUCUCCAAUGGCACCGCCUCCUCCGCCAUUACCUCCACCACCACCAUCUCCACCGUUCGCUCCCCCUCCCCGGUCUCCACCCCCGCCAGAAAAGGUUUCUCCCCGUAGUCCUCCUCCACCUUCGAAUCCCGAACAAGAUCAAAGCAAGGAUACGAAUACGAGUCAGACCUCAAACCAAAGGCUCAAAUUGGGGAAGAAAAUUGGAUGGGCGUUUGUGGGUAUUGCGGCAGCCUUGCAGGUAUUUGUGGUGGCCUUCUUGGUAAUCAAGAGAAGGCAAUUGCUGAAGGAAAAUGGUAUAUAUUAAAGAGAAUUUGCAUUUUGGAUAUUCAUCAUAUGCCCUGACAGAGCACAUUUUACCGGGUUAUAUAGAAUCAAAAUUGUUUAGAUAGAAGCCAGAGAACACGAAUUUUGGAUCUAAAGGAGCAUUCUUGCUAUGGGAAUCAUACAGAUUAAAGAUUGUUCAUAGUGUUGGUAUCUCCAUAUGGGUUGUUGCCGUUGUAAAUGGGUAAUUCUUGUUUGGCAUUUUCUCUUUACAAAUUUCUUCUUUCAUUUAUUUGUUGAUUUUUUUUUUUGUUCAUCUACAUGACUUAUAAAUGAAAGCAGAAGAAACAUAUUUUCACACUGUUCAGGAUACACUUUCUAUCGGCCUUUUCUUUUUGGGAACCUGUCUGACUGUAUAAUAUUACUAGAAAUUCAAUGAAAUGUCUCGCAUGCUAUAGGUGAUGAUUAUUUGUUUCUGAUUAAUGAAA